CUGAAGAUAAACCCAAAAUCUUUAAUUGUUGACUGCCAAAAACAAAAACACUACAAAUAAAUACUCGUAAAAACUCAAAAAAGAAAACAAACAAAAAAACAUUAAACGUUCAAAAUGAGCUACUUGCGUUCUAUAGAAAUCUCACGAGUUGAAAUGUCGCCGGCGGAUGAUAAUUCCUUUGCCACAACAAGUGGCAACAAGAAGGCAACCUAUACGCUGAUAACCAUCAAAGUUGUCGAACUGUGCCUGCUAAUAUGCUGCCUGGGAUUGAUCGAUGAGCCUGCCACCAAUUCGCAGUUGCGUGUCUUUAUAACGCCCCGAGUUAUGGCGCUGUGCUAUGUGACCUUUGGAGCUUUGGCCAUUUACACGGCCAUCUAUUUGAUAAUGGCGCUCUUUGGGGAUCUGUCGCCAUGGCGCACGGCGACACUGUGGUCUCUGGUUGGAUUUGUGCUUUAUGUGGCUGUAACGGCACUGUUAUUCCAAGACUGGAGCACCACCAAGGAUCGCAAUUACUGGCAUCCGAAUAUGCAUCGCCUGGAUCUGGUAAUGGCAUCUGCUUCCAUAUCGCUGGUCACCGCUUUGGUCUAUCUGCUGGAUGUGCUGUUGACCAUUCGCUUUGGUGUCCACGGCGAUUUGGAUUGACAUGGCAUCAGGCACAGUGCCAGAUCAUUUUACUGUAAUAUUUACAGAGCAUCGUAGUCAUAAGCUGUCCCACCACACCCCCAAUUCUCCCUGCUAAGUGUAACAAAUUGUUCAAAAGCACAUACAAAAAACAAAAACAAAAUCAUAAUUGCCAUCAUUGAAAUGCGAAUGUACAAAAUGAAUUGUAAGAAAUUUUUAUAAAACAAAAAUGUCGCGAAAUAUUUGUAAAAGUCUCGCUUAGCAUAUGAAUCACGAAAUGUUUUUUUCUAAUCCACUUAACAUAAGUUUUACACCGAAUAUUUUUGAUAACGAAUGAAAUAAAUUUUCACUAAAAGAACAAACGAUCUUCAAAAAUA